AUGUCCCACAGUGAAUUCUCGAAUGAAAAGUCUCAAGGAGAUGAAGAAAUGUAUUAUUUGUUUGAAGGCAUAUCAAGGCAAAGAAUAGUUUCCUUCGGAAUCAUCUCAUCACCUUUUUUGUUAUCAGCCACAUUAAAUUACUACCUGGAAACAUGUGGUAACAAGACAGCCUCCGAAAUAAAGGAGAAUAUUUGUGGGGACAAUAUUACAUUAUCGGCCAAUGCGAUUAAGAAUUUCCUUGGCAUUAAUUGGAUCCAUGAUUUAGAUAUUAUUCAACACGGACUGGGAAACAAAUCAUUAAGAGAAUUAUUUUGCAAUUCGUCGUCUCGAAAUAGAUCCAUUGGGCUUUUUAAUACCACCGAUGAUUUCACUCAAAUUAUUUCUUCCAUAUUUAUGGAAAAUAGGUCUUGGGAUCAAUUUUUAACCCAAGAAGGGGAGCAACAAUGGCACAAGAUUGGGAAAUUGCGGACCGAUGUAAUCGAUUUAUCGAAUAGUUUUUAUGCUCUCAACGCAGGAUAUCCAAGAAUAGAAUCAUUCUUAAUAUAUGCCAAAUUUUGGAUUGCUCCAAUUAAAUUUUGGAUUGCUCCAAUUAUAUAUCCAUACCAAGGUUUGAAUUGUUAUCAAUAUUUAUUGGUGCACGAGCUGCACAUUAAAUUAAAUUUGAACUUGGUCAUUUGA